AUCAACACCAAGACGGGGGAGUCGGAGUGCCGCUACUACAAGGAGCGCCUCCUCUACCUGGAAGAGGGCCACAAGGACUCCUUAAUCGACAGCUCGCGGGUCCUGUGCUGCCACGGCGAGCUGAAGAACAACCGGGGCGUGAAGCUCCACGUCUUCCUGUUCCAAGAAGUGCUGGUCAUCACGCGGCCGGUCACCCACAAUGAGCAGCUGUGCUACCAGCUCUACCGGCAGCCCAUCCCCGUGAAGGACCUCCUGCUGGACGACCUGCAGGACGGAGAGGUCCGCCUGGGAGGCUCCAUCCGCGGCGCCUUCACCAACACCGAGAGAAUUAAGAACUUCUUCCGCGUCAGCUUCCGGAGCGGCUCCCAGAGCCAGUCUCACGCCCUGCAGGCCAGCGACACCUUCAACAAGCAGCAGUGGCUCAACUGCAUCCGCCAAGCCAAAGAGACGGCCGAGGGCCAGGCCGGGCCGCCGGGCCCCCGGGAGCCCUCGCCGCCGGCCGCCCCCCUCGCCGGAGAGGCCAGGCCGGAGCAGAUGGACCAGUCGGGCAGCGAGUCGGACUGUAGCAUGGACACGAGCGAGGUCAGCCUGGACUGUGAGCGCAUGGACUCGUCGGGGGGCCCCGGCAAACAGGGAGAGAGCCACGUCUGACUGGAGCCUCGCGUCCCCCCGGGCUGCCCCGGACAGUGUUUGCAUUCCACGAAGGAACCCUUUGGAGAAGCACUUUGAACCCCUUCCCGACGGGUCCGAGCCCCGUCUUUGUCCCUCACUGAGCAGCCUCCUUCUCUGCCCUCGGGAUUCUCCUGGACCCAGGGGGGAGGAGAGGGGCCGGAAGACCCCGAGGGAAGGCCGAGAAAUGAGGGCAGAGCCCGGAAGAGUUGGACACUCAAACCCACCUUAGGACAGUCCUGGCCCAGAGGAAGGGCCAGCUGGACUCCCCAGGCCCCUGGGCAUCGAGCUUCCCAAAUACGAGGGUAAAGCGGGCUCAUCCCUGGCCCUUUGGUACCCCUGGAUGGGAGCCAGAAGCUGAUUUAAGAAGAAAAAGACCCUUUCAGAGGGACGGGAAUGUUGAAAUCCACUUUUUCCACUUGGGAAUCCCCACCCCCCCCUCCAUCUCUGCCUUCCUCAGGGCUCGCUGCCCUGUGCUGUGCCCAGGAUUGUCUCUGGGAUUCCCAGUCCUAGAGUGGAUCCAGAUCAGGUCCCUCACCCUGGAGCAGAGACUCCCCUAACCCUAAAUUCCUAGUCCUCCUCCUCUCCUUCCUUUUCCUCCCCCUCCUCUUCU